UCAGUGACGUAUGCAUCGUUAUCAAUGGCACAUUUUGGACAAAAUACACUUUGUUGCAUCUAGCAUAUCUGUCUAUCUCUGUAUCUACUGAUCAACAGCCCUGCUUUGCACGACAAGGAAGUCAACGUUGGUGGUUCAGCUGAAAUGAGCUUCUCAUUCUUCCCGACGCCAGAACGAAGUACAUUCCUGCAAUAAGCGCGAGUAACAGCUUUACAAUUGUCGAAGAAAAAUAAAGCAUUUCUCUUCCGCACACUUUUCAGUGAAGCUCUCUUUACGCGAGCCACAUUUUGGGAUUUUAAGCUUGUCUCACCCGGGACACUCAGAGCGCCAGUCUUUCUGCUGCAGACAUCCAACUAAACUUCAGCUAGUUGCCGGCUAGCACAUGGACAUUAAUUGUUUUUGAAGGACACACCCACAGUAUCGUCGAUCUGGUUCAGUCUGUUACCAUUUGCCUCAUCUUCAAACCACACAACGUCACUGCAAAAAGAGUAAUAGCUUUUGUUUCCUCCACUUUCCUUUGCUAAACCGAUUGCUUCAUUUGAAAAAACGCAUUUGGGUUGUUUGUUUAUAUUGUGUGUUAAUGUGUUAGCGUAAACAUUUUCUCAUCUGCGCGAGUCAUUGGCUUGGAGAAAAUUCAGUUUUGAAGGUACGUUUUGAGAUUUUUAGCUUUGUCAAACUGUUUUAUUGAAUGCUUUAUUCGUUUCAGUGCAGAUCAAGUCUAUUCCUGUAUUUUUAUUUAUCGCCCACACAGCCGUCCAUCAUGGUGUCGACUCUGAACGAACUGUCCCAGCUCAAACAAUCAGGCUUCGGUCAGCCACAGCCAAGACACGGCCUGAACCUGCUGUACUGGUUCGCUCAGGAAUAUAUCAGCGUGAGAAACGGAAAAAUUGUCUCCUCCUACAGUCCUGAAGAUGGAGACUUUGGCUUCCACAGGUAUUAUAACAGAAUUGAAGAUGAUGAUGACCGACUCUUGCCCAGUAGGAAUCUCCUGUACUACGAGGUGGGCAACCUGAACGCUCGAGGAGCAGACAAGCUCCCGGGUUAUGUGAGGGCGAGUUACAGCCCCGGCGAUCCUGACAGCAACAAGGAUCGCGUUAUUGUGUGUCAGGGCUUCAGCAGGGUGUAUGUGACUGAACACAGCGAUCAGAAACAAUUCGACAGCAGCAGAACGUACCGAGUGAGCCUGGGCCUCCUCCAGAUCAUCAGGAACAUGAGCAAUCAAAAGCAGUAUCUCGAAAAGACAGCCAACACUCAAGAGAAGGACGUCAUGUUUACAGAGCAGAGACAUGUAGUGACAGCGCCUGAAGAAAACUCCUGGGGGUGUACUAUCCUUUAGAUAUAAAGCUGCUUACCAUUAACAAUCUCUCUUUCUGUCUAUAGAUGUAUAGAGCUUACUAAAGCAUCCGUUAUUGGUGGGUGAGCCUCAAAACUUUGAAUAAUCAUUUGUAUCAGUUUGACUAUGGAUUAUAUGUUCAUCAAAAUGCAUUUAAAUGACUUUAACCAGCGUUUGCACUGCAAGUGAUCCGGUCUCAGUUUUCCCAACACCAUAAUUCAUGUUCUGUCUCCUAUUAGGAUCACAUUUUUAGUUUGUUUUUGUGACGCGGUUUGGAUCUGAAUCCAUCUUUGAAAUAAAUUCACUUUGCAAACUC